AUGAGUCUACUCGAAGAGACAUAUCGUAAAAUUGACGAAGAGGGAAUUCUGAACAUGGCAUUUGAGAACACAGAAGUGGAAGGAGAAAGUGACGGAUUCAAGUCGAAUGAGAAGAAAACUAAGAGUGCAUUGGAGCCAAAAUUUGUGAAAUCAAAGAAUAAAAAGAUUGAGAAGCCUUCUCUACCUGCUGUUUCCUAUUGGAAGCUUUUUCGCUUUGCUACACGAUUUGAAAUCUUUUUGGUGAUUCUGGGAAUAAUUUGCGCAAGUAUUGGAUCGCUUGGUUUACCUUACGGCAUGAUUUUGUAUGGUGAAUUCACAACGAUUUUGGUUGAUCGUGAGAUACGCACAGGAACUUCAACUCGAACAAAUAUUUUAAGUGUUUUCGGAGGUGGAAGAAUUCUAACAAACGCAACAUUUCAAGAAAGUUAUGAAGCAACAAUGGAAGAUUCAAAAGCGUUUGGAUUAGGAAUGUUCACUGGAGCAAUCGUUCAAUUGAUCUUUGCCGCACUUAGCAUUGACAUUCUCAAUAAAAGUGCUCAAAAGCAGAUCACAAAGAUAAGAAAACUUUUUCUUCAAGCUGUGCUCCGUCAAGACAUGACUUGGUAUGAUUUAAACACGAAUGAUAGUUUCGCUGUAAGAAUAACUGAUGACUUGGAUAAGUUAAAAGAAGGAAUUGGCGAGAAACUUUCAAUUUUCAUCUACUUACUGAUGUCGUUUAUAGUUUCCGUUGUGUUUUCAUUCUUCUAUGGAUGGAAAUUAACUCUGGUGAUAUUAAGUUGUGCCCCAAUUAUUAUCAUAUCAACAGCUGUCGUUGCACGUGUACAAAGUUCAUUAACUGAAAAAGAACUAAAAUCAUAUUCGAAGGCAGGGUCAGUUGCAGAAGAAGUUUUAAGCAGUAUAAGAACAGUUGUCGCAUUUGGAGGUGAAAAGAAGGAACUCGAGCGUUAUGAAAAGCUUUUAAUUCCAGCAGAGAAAAAUGGAAAGAAAAAAGGAAUAUUCUCAGGAAUUGGUGGUGGAUUAAUGUGGUUCAUCAUUUACUGUUGCUAUGCUUUAGCUUUCUGGUAUGGAAUCAGUUUGAUCUUAGAAGAUCGUGAUAAAAUUGAUAAAGAAUAUACGCCCGCUGUCCUUGUUAUCGUCUUGUUUGGUGUACUUGCUGGUGCUCAAAAUCUCGGAUUAACAGCGCCAUAUAUUGAAGCAUUCUCAACAGCUUGUGGUUCAGCCGUUUCAAUAUUUAGCGUUAUUGAUCGAAUUCCCGAAAUUGAUUCGCUUGGCGAGAAAGGCAGAAAACCGAAGAAAGUCACAGGAAAUAUAAAAUUCACAAAUGUUGCUUUUAGAUAUCCUGCAAGAAACGAUGUUCAAGUGCUUAAUGGAUUAAACCUUGAAAUUGAAGCAGGGAAGAAUGUCGCUUUAGUUGGUCCAAGUGGUUGUGGAAAAUCAACAUGUUUACAGCUUAUUCAACAUCUUUAUAAUCCCCUUUCGGGUUCAGUUUCAAUUGAUGGAAUAAAAAUUCCCGAAUGGAACACAAGUCAUCUAAGAUCUUUUAUUGGCGUUGUUGGUCAGGAACCUGUUUUAUUUGCAACCACAAUUCGGGAAAAUAUUCGUUAUGGAAAUCCAGAAGUCAGCAAUGAAGAAAUUGAAAAAGCUGCGAGAAUCUCAAAUUGCCAUCAAUUUAUUAUGAAACUACCAGAAGGUUACGACACGAAAAUAGGCGAACGUGGUGGUCAACUUUCUGGUGGACAAAAGCAAAGAAUAGCAAUCGCUCGAGCACUCGUUAAGAACCCGAAAAUUCUUCUUCUUGAUGAAGCGACAUCAGCACUUGACCCAACAUCAGAGAAACGUGUUCAGAAUGCUUUAGAAAAUGCAAGUAAAGGUCGAACAACUCUUGUUGUGUCUCAUCGUUUAUCAACGAUUACAAAUUCCGAUAAGAUUGUGUUUAUUAACAAAGGUGUUGUUGUUGAGCAAGGGACUCAUGUAGAGUUAAUGCAGCUGCAAGGAAUGUAUUUUGAUCUAGUGAACGUCAACAAUUCUUCAAUGGAAAAUGAAGAAACUUCAUUACACCGAACGAAGAAAAAUUCAAGAGCCAAGAGAGCUGACUCUGUUAGAAGUGAGUUGUCAAGUGAAGAUGAAGCUGAAUCUGAUGAUGAUGACGAAUCAAUUGAAGAAGAAGUGACGGAGGAAGACAAGAAAAAAGUUUCAACAAUAUCUUUGAUGAAAUUAAAUUAUAAAGAGUGGCCUUACAUUCUGUUAGGAACUUUAGGUUCAUGUAUUGUGGGCGCAAGUUUUCCAGCUUUUGCAGUGUUGUUUGGUGAAAUGUAUGGAAUUUUGUCACUUGGUGAUGCUGAGGAGAUCCAAAGGAGAGCGAACUUUUAUUCAAUUUUAUUUCUGAUACUCGGCAUAACAACAGGUCUUAGCACUUUCAUUCAAACUUACAUGUUCAACUUUGCUGGUGUUAAACUCACCUCGAGAUUACGAACGAUGUCGUUUGAUACAAUGAUGAAGCAAGAAAUGGGAUGGUUUGAUGAUGCUCGCAAUGCAGUUGGUGCUUUGUGCGCUCGAUUAGCUGGCGAUUGUGCGAGUGUUCAAGGUGCAACUGGUAGUAGAGUUGGAUCAAUCGUCCAAGCUGCUUCAGUGAUUGUUAUCGGAAUUGGAAUUUCUUUUUACUACAACUGGAAAAUGACUCUCGUUGCUUCUAUUAGCAUCCCACUUGUGCUUAUUUCCAUUGUGAUGGAGGCGCGUCUUGUUGAGUCAAGCAGCGUUAAAGAGAAACUCGCGAUGGAAAACGGAACGAAAAUGGCAGUUGAAGCGAUUGCAAAUAUAAGAACCGUAGCUUCUUUAGGACAAGAGCCGCACGUCUUAAAUCGUUAUAUGGUUGAAAUUGACAAUGUUGAAGAGUUUUGUCGAAAGAAAUUGCGAUUCCGUGGAUUCGUCUUUGGACUUGGUCAAACUGUUCCAUUAAUGGGAUAUGCGUUUAGUUUAUGGUAUGGUGGAACAUUAGUUGCAAAACGUGAAAUGCCUUAUCAAGAUGUUAUCAAAGUCGGAGAAGCAUUGAUUUUUGGAUCAUGGAUGCUUGGUCAAGCUUUGGCCUAUGCCCCAAAUGUAAAUGCAGCUGUCGUUUCAGCAUCGAGAAUUAUGAAACUUCUAAAAAGAGUCCCUAACAUGAGUAAUCCAAAUCCAUUGCCCAACAAGGAUUAUGAUACAACUGAAGGAAACAUCGUUUACAAAAAUGUUGAGUUUAGAUAUCCGACCCGUAAAAGAGUUCUUGUUCUUGAGAAUCUUAAUCUUGAGAUUGAGAAAGGCAAAACUGUGGCACUUGUCGGUCCAAGCGGAUGUGGGAAGUCGACUUGCAUGCAACUUCUUCUCAGAUAUUAUGAUCCUGAUGCAGGCGAAGUAGAAUUGGACAAUACAAUGACUGUUGACUAUCCGUUAGGUCGAAUUAGAGCUAAAAUGGGUCUCGUUUCUCAAGAGCCUAUUUUAUUUGAUCGAACUAUUGCCGAAAAUAUUGCAUAUGGUGACAACGAUAGAGAUAUUUCAAUGCCUGAAAUUAUCGAAGCAGCGAAAUCAGCAAACAUUCAUGACUUCAUUACGAAACUACCUCAAGGAUAUGAUACGGGAUUGGGAUCAAAAGGUGCUCAAUUAUCAGGAGGUCAGAAACAAAGAAUUGCAAUUGCCCGAGCACUUGUAAGAAAUCCAAAAAUUUUACUUCUUGAUGAAGCGACUUCAGCGCUUGACACUCAAAGUGAAAAAAUCGUUCAAGCUGCUCUUGAUAAAGCAAGAACUGGAAGAACGUGUAUUAUUAUUGCACAUCGAUUAACAACUGUUCAAAAUGCUGAUUUAAUUUAUGUCCUAGAUAAUGGCGAAGUUGUUGAGAAAGGUUCACAUGACGAGCUUAUGAAGAAAGGGAAAAAAUAUGCUAAACUUUACAAAAUGCAACAAGUUAAUUAGACUUUAAAUUAAUUUUUGAAUUUUUCUUAAUUCAGUAACAACUACAAGACUCAUCCAGAUAGCUAUAAGUUUCAUGCAUCAUUAAAUAUUCUCAAUACAAAACUAAAAUUCAUCAAAGUUUUUGAAAGUUUUAACAUUCAACAUCUACAAUAUUAACGGAAAUUUUAAAUUCAAAUUCUUAGAGCUUUUUUCGAAAAUUAUUGUACUAGAUUAUCACAGUUUACAAUUUAAUUAAAAAAUAAGUUAAUUGUGAUUCUUAUUCGUAUUUUUAAUAAAAUUCAAUUUAAUAUGUUUGAUACAAAU